CGUUGUGGUGGCAGGCCUUGCUUAUUGGUCUCUACGGCGACAGCCCUUGUUGUUACAAACGUAUUCUGUGGAGCGCGCUCUCCAGCUUGAACCAUGGGGCGCUACACGACUGUCCAAGCAUACAGCGACAACAACCCGAAGCUCGUGCACGUGAGCUAUGACCAAGCCAAGGGCAAGGACAAUGACGAGGGAAAGGCGGGCGGCAAGCUUGUCGUCGAGAAGACGGACCAGGUCAUGGGCAGCUGCGCCGGCGCAGGGUCCGGCGAAUUUCACACGUACCGCGCCCACCGGCGGAGGGAGAUGCACCGAGUGGCAGCGAUGGACGAAGAGGCCCAAGUCGCUGAAGCAACCGCAAAGCUGCACGAAGCUAUAGAAAAGGGCAAGAACGAGUGCGAGGAGCGGACACGCAAGAAAGCGGAGAAACGGAAGCGGAAGAAGCAGGCGGCCAAAGCUGGCAACAGCAACGGCGCCAAGCAAGCGAAAACCGGUGCCGGCAAGGGUAAGGGCCCUUCGGCCUCUUCCACCAGCAGCAGCGGUGGCGGCAGCAGCAGUGACGGUGCCGCCGCGGAAGAAGACGAGUUUGUGUACAUUCCGGAGGCCGAUCUCGCAACGGCGGGAGGGGACGGCGGGAGCGGGUUCAAGAACGAUGGCAGCUUCUUGGAGAUGAUGAAGAAGGAGCUCGAGAAAAGCGAAUCCAGUGACAAGCCAUCCGCUUCUGCUGCUGGUACUGGCAAGGCAGUCGUUGCCAAGUGAAAGAGCCUCUAGAGGGGGCGCGUUGUGGCAAGCGUUUA